AGAGAGAGGGGCCAAGCGCGCCCUGUCCCGGGCUCCCCCAGGCACGGGCCGCCCUCCCGGCGCUCCUUUGCGCGCGCGCGCUCUGUCGCAUAUGCAAAUCCGCGCACCCCCCAGCCGGAGUUAGGGUGCUGCUGCUGCUGCCGCGUCUUCCUCCUCUGCAAGACCCAGCUCCCGCAGACUUGUUCUCAGGACUGUGAAAUGACCAGUCCUCUUCGCCGAGCAGCAGCAGCAGCCUGGGCACCUGACCUCCGCCGCGCCACCUUCAGCAGACCGGGGGGGAGAAAAGGGCUCCCCUCCUGCCCUCCCCUCCCGCGCCUGGGUGCGGUGGCAAAGCCAGGGGGGCUGUGAAAGCAGCGCAGACUCGGGGCACGUUGGUGGCAGCCUUUGGGCUCCCCAGACCGGACGAGUGGCAGGAGAAGCAGCCACUUGAAGAAGGGAGCGGCUCCUGAAAAGCUGCUCCCCUCUCCUUCCCUGCCUCCCCCACUCCUCCCCCCCCCCCGCCCAAAGAAAGUGGAGUGCGGGGCUUGCUUUUUCCCGAGGGCUGCUGCUGCUGCUGGUGGUGGUUUUUUCCCCUCCUUUGCUUGCUCCUCUGACCAGCCAUGGGGAAAGGUCUGGAAAGCACGGCUGCCCGAUGCGGACUGGGACUGGGAUACUUACUGCAAACGUUCGUGUUACCUGCCCUGGCUAUCCUGAGUGCCAGCAGCACGGGCUCCGCAGCGCAAGAUGAUGAUUUUUUUCAUGAACUCCCAGAAACCUUUCCAUCUGAUCCUCCAGAGCCUCUGCCUCAUUUCCUCAUUGAGCCUGAAGAAGCUUACAUCGUAAAAAACAAACCUGUGAACUUGUACUGCAAAGCCAGCCCUGCCACCCAGAUCUAUUUCAAGUGCAACAGUGAAUGGGUUCACCAGAAGGACCAUGUCGUGGAUGAGCGAGUAGAUGAAACUUCUGGUUUGAUUGUUCGGGAAGUGAGCAUUGAGAUUUCCCGUCAGCAGGUGGAAGAACUCUUUGGACCUGAAGAUUACUGGUGCCAGUGUGUCGCUUGGAGCUCUGCCGGCACUACUAAGAGUCGAAAGGCCUAUGUUCGCAUUGCAUAUCUCCGGAAGACUUUUGAACAGGAGCCCCUGGGGAAAGAAGUGUCUUUGGAACAGGAAGUCCUGCUCCAAUGCCGUCCACCUGAAGGCAUCCCAGUAGCUGAGGUGGAGUGGUUGAAAAAUGAAGAGGUGAUUGAUCCCGUCGAAGAUCGGAAUUUUUACAUCACCAUCGAUCACAACCUGAUCAUCAAGCAGGCACGUCUUUCUGACACAGCUAAUUACACCUGCGUCGCCAAAAACAUUGUCGCCAAGAGGAAAAGCACUACGGCCACUGUAAUUGUCUAUGUCAAUGGCGGCUGGUCUACCUGGACUGAGUGGUCAGUGUGUAAUGGUCGCUGUGGAAGAGGCUAUCAGAAGCGUACAAGGACCUGCACCAACCCUGCCCCACUCAACGGUGGUGCCUUCUGUGAGGGCCAAAGUGUCCAAAAAAUAACUUGCACCACUCUGUGUCCAGUGGAUGGUAGAUGGACAGCGUGGAGUAAGUGGUCUACCUGUGGAACAGAGUGUACCCAUUGGCGCAGGAGGGAAUGCACAGCGCCAGCACCCAAGAAUGGUGGGAAAGAUUGUGAGGGUCUCGUUCUGCAGUCCAAGAACUGCACAGAUGGGCUGUGUAUGCAGACUGCUCCUGACUCAGAUGACGUAGCUCUCUAUGUUGGCAUUGUGAUAGCUGUAAUCGUGUGCCUAGCUAUUUCAGUGAUUGUGGCACUGUUUGUGUACCGGAAGAACCACCGUGACUUUGAGUCAGAUAUUAUAGACUCCUCAGCACUAAAUGGCGGAUUCCAGCCCGUUAACAUCAAGGCUGCAAGACAAGAUCUCCUGGCAGUGCCACCAGACCUCACAUCUGCUGCAGCCAUGUACAGAGGUCCUGUCUACGCCUUGCAUGAUGUCUCUGAUAAAAUCCCAAUGACCAACUCUCCAAUCCUUGAUCCACUGCCCAACCUGAAGAUCAAGGUCUAUAGUACCUCGAGUGCAGUCACUCCACAGGAUGACCUGUCUGACUUCUCAUCCAAGUUAUCCCCACAGAUAACUCAGUCUCUGCUGGAAAACGAGACCCUGAACAUGAAGAACCAGAGUCUUGCUCGGCAAACAGACCCAUCAUGCACUGCUUUUGGCACCUUCAACUCCCUUGGGGGUCACCUGAUUAUUCCCAAUUCAGGCGUAAGUUUGUUGAUCCCUGCUGGGGCUGUUCCCCAGGGAAGAGUCUACGAAAUGUAUUUGACAGUUCACAGGAAGGAGAACAUGAGGCCCCCAGUGGAAGACAGUCAAACGCUUUUGACCCCCGUGGUGAGCUGUGGGCCUCCAGGAGCUUUGCUGACACGGCCUGUCAUUCUAACUAUGCACCAUUGCGCAGAGCCAAACACAGAGGACUGGAAGAUCCAGCUGAAGAACCAAGCAGCCCAGGGACAGUGGGAGGAUGUGGUGAUGGUUGGAGAGGAGAACUUUACCACCCCAUGCUACAUCCAGCUAGACUCAGAAUCCUGCCAUAUCCUGACAGAAACACUUAGCACCUAUGCCUUGGUGGGACAGUCAACCACCAAAGCAGCAGCAAAACGUCUUAAGCUGGCUAUCUUCGGGCCGCUCUCCUGCUCGUCGCUGGAAUACAGCAUCCGAGUCUACUGCUUGGAUGAUACUCAGGAUGCCCUUAAGGAAGUUCUACAGCUGGAGAGGCAGAUGGGAGGACAGUUACUGGAAGAACCAAAGGCUCUGCAUUUUAAAGGAAGCACCCACAACCUUCGUCUGUCCAUUCAUGACAUUGCCCAUUCUCUCUGGAAGAGCAAAUUGCUGGCUAAAUACCAGGAAAUUCCCUUUUACCACAUCUGGAGUGGGUGUCAGAGAAAUCUACAUUGUACCUUCACCCUGGAAAGGUUCAGCCUGAGCACGCUGGAGCUGGUUUGUAAACUCUGCGUACGGCAGGUCGAAGGAGAAGGACAGAUCUUCCAACUCAACUGUACGGUGUCAGAGGAACCGACUGGCAUUGAUUAUCCUCUCAUGGAUUCAGCAAGUACCAUCACCACCAUAGUGGGACCGAGCGCUUUCAGUAUUCCCCUGCCCAUCAGACAAAAGCUCUGCAGCAGCCUUGAUGCCCCACAGACCAGGGGCCAUGACUGGAGGAUGCUGGCAAAACUGAAAUUGGACAGGUGGGUACCUAAAUUAUUUGCUACAAAAUCGAGUCCUACGUGCGUGAUCCUAGAUCUUUGGGAAGCCAGAAUUUUCCAGAUGGCAACCCUGAGCAUGUUGGCGGCAGUCCUCGAAGAAAUGGGAAGACACGAGACAGUUGUUUCUUUAGCGGCAGAAGGAAAAUAUUGAUGCAACCUCGGAAUGGAAAUAGGGGAGUGGUAUUGCCCUAUGAGCUACAAAUAAGAAACAAAAUGAAUACCCAGACCAAUGAGUUUCACAAAAGACAUUUCAGAGAAGAAAAAAUCAGCCCUGACUUUCACGUAUGUUCUCCUUGUACAUUAUGACAGGAUCUAAAAGAAAUCAUGCAAAGUUGUACCUUGAAAAUAUAAAUCAACCUAACGUUCCCCUCAGCUUGGCUGUACACUGCUUGGUACAGGAUUUUACAGUUUCCUAGGAAACGCUUUUUAUUGCUGUCCAGAUGUAUGGAUAAACUUUCUUAACAAUCCCAGUUUCUAUGGACAUUGUUUACAUCAAAUACCGGACAGGGGUAAGGAGACUGUCCAGGGCUCUUUAUAUUUUUGUUUAAAGCCAUUCUAGACAAAGCUGUGGACGGUUGGUUGUGGCUAUUUCUGAUCAUCAAUUUCCAGUGAAAUUCAGACUUUGCUACAAAUCCGUGCAUCAAGUGUCUCAAAAUAAUCCUCCCAUCAUUGUUCUGUUUCUUAGAUCUGGUUGUAAGACCAGUGUUUUGAAACGUGUGCAUCUGGAAAGUAGAUAAUCUGGGUGCUAAGCAGGAAUGCAUGUCUCUCUCCCCACCUCCCCCAAGGGAAUUCCACGGGUUCAUUGUGAAAAAUAGCUGUAGGGUUGUAGGGAAGAUAAGGAUUCAUUUUCAACUCACAAUAUAACCCACUCCCUUCUUAAAGAAAGUGUGUGUGCAUGAGAGAGAUGCAAUUUGGAGUGUGGGUUGGUUGCGUGGAAGGAAAUAACCCUGCAGAUUUUGCUAUAAUGAUUAUUUACCGAUAAGUAUCUAAUGCAAGGAUUAUUAUUAUUAUUUUAUUUUAAUUUCUAAUUUUGUCAGCAGUAGCAUGUAUCAUUCAAGUGUAGGCAGAACUUGUUCUCUCCCUUCUGGGACUGCGUGGGUUCUUCUAACACACUUCCUUUCAAAUGCCACACUCCCUCCCCUUCUUCAGCCAUUGUGCUCACCCUCCAAGGCCUCGCUUUGCCGACAAGGCAUGCUCACGUGGUUAGCAUAUGCUGGACCAGAUCCUCCACUGGUGUCAAUUAAAGUCAAUGAUUUACACCAGCAGAGGAUCUAGUUCAAUGAGUGCCAACUAUCGCACCAUGUGAGCUUCUGCAAUGCCCCCUAUUUACUAAUGAUUCGAGGAGCAAAUAUCUUAUUGUUAUGCUGGAAGCCGGGGCUGCCCCAUGCCAGUGCUGUGAAUAUACCCUCCCAAACAAACCGCACAUAGCCCUUAAUUUUCAGAAGCACGUGUAGCAACAGUAUGCAGGUACUUCUCAUGAAUGAUAUUCAUGUGUGACAUCAGGCAAUGCGUGUGCAAAAACAUGCAUGUAUAUUCUGGAAAAUUAAGACCUUGGGCUCUGAUUUUUUUUUUAAACAGCUCUUGAGCAGCCACCACUCCCAUUUACUUUCUUUGGGAUUGUGGGUGCUCAGCCCCACUGAAAAUCAGUCCCUUCAGUUUUAGUCAAAGGUGUAUGAUAGUGGAGGACAAUUAUGUAAUGGGAGGCUGCUCCAUUUCAUUCUACGGGCAAAUUCUGCUGUGGGUGAUCCAUAUGGUGGAUCUUUACUGCUGCUCUGCCUCCAAGCAGGGAAGUGCCACUGGAGAUCAUGAGAGUUCCACCCCACAGGACAGUGUAGAAUAAUGGUGUUGAACUCUGCCCUACAGCAGAGCUUUCUCCUCGCUAUUUCCACACCCAAUAAAUGCUCUUCACAGUUGUCUCAGCAGUUACGGCUGGAACUCAUUUCUGCUGUUGUAGAACGUGCUCAUUUGUUUUCAUCCCAUGUCCCUCUUGGCCAUUUUGUUGUGCGCAAACAGCUGAUGUGGGGAGUUAGGCAAGUAAAGCUAACUGUUGUUUUUCCGGUUGCCAUUUCUUUGCAGACUUGUUUUGCUUUGUGCUUAGUGGGGGAGUGACUCCUUUGCAUGAUGCAGGGCAUACACUUUCAAUAUUUUGUCCUAACUUUUCCUUUCACUUCCAAUGCUAGGAAAGCAUUCUCACUCAUGCCAUCGAGCCAGACCCUGGUUAUUUUAUUUAUUUAUUUAUAUUCUUCUCACUUUGUAUUCUUCUAUGGGAUUUUUUUUCUCCUCAGGUUUUAAAGUCUGCAUUUUUAAACGUAACUGUGGAAAUGUCAUUCGUCAUAAUGGAAGGCGAAUUUUAUCUGACCUUUCCCCCAUUUUGACAUUUCCGUAGGCUUUUUAGGUUCAGUUCAGUAUCACCGACAGUGUAUUUAUUAAACACAGGACAAUGUUCAUAAAACCAUUCCCUGGGUGGAGAGCAGUUUGCCAGCAACUCACAAGUGGUGAAACCCAGAUAUAGACUCAGAGGCUGGUGUGCACAGGUUCUUACCUUCAAAAUCUGCCUGCGUUUUAGUGUGGAGUACUCUCUCUGAUGCGCUUUCAACCUGAUUGUCUUUUUCAUAUGCUGCUUUAUAAUCCUGUUGUUUUUGGGCCUAAUCUAAACCCCAUGUAAGUCUUUCCAUAGACCUGAGUGGGUUUUGGCUCAGUCUCACCAUUUCCUCUAGCCUUCCCCGCUACUCCCCUCUUGUCUCCAAUAGGCCUUCCUAACCUAGCCUCAUCUAUGGCCUUCUGGCUCCUUCAUUUCUCCCUCUUUAGGGAAGCAGAGUCCCUGCCUUUCAGCAACAUUUUAACCAUUUUCCCACGCUCUGUUCCUCCUCAGUGGGGCUGAAAGAUGUGUCCCAGUUUUCCUCCCUAAGUUACAGCUUUCAGCUCCAAGCAGGUACAUCUUUCAUACUCUUCUUGCUGGGCUGCUGUUCAGGACAGGCUGAUGCGCUUUUCUGUCUCUCAGCUCCUGCCUUCCGCUCCUAAGAACAGCUUUUGGGGUAUAAACCUCUAAGAUCCUUUGAACUCGCGACUGUACAUUUUCACUCAGUAAGAAAAUCUGCAGCCUUCUCACCUUAACCAUGAGAGGAAGUUUCUGAUAGGCACAGACUAAGCUGCCUUAAGCAUAAGCUUGGUGUUGGAGCGCUAUUUGCCAAUGGAAUGUCUGUUCUCUGGUUUAAAAAAAAAUCUACAGCUGGGUGAUUUUUGUAAGUAAUUGUGACAGCAGGUCAACAUCAUUCUCGAUGUACUUCCCUCGCUUUGUCGCGAAGGGAUUGGUCAGUAUGAAAAGGUUAGCCCAUAAUCUGAGGGGGGUGGAGAGUGAGUGCCUGUCCAAACUAAUAUUGCCACUUGUUGAGAAAGGUGCUCCUGACUCAGAACCACAGUUGUGCCUAUUCUUAUUCCAGCCCCUCUGCUUGGGUGUCCAGUAAUCCAAAAAGAUCUCAAGUAAUAUAGUGUAGGGGCAAAAGUGCUCUUUACUUCCCUUCCCUUGCAGUAGGUUCACACAGGUGGCAGGGUCUAAUGACACCAUACAGGCUUUUGGUCUAGCCUAAAUGUUUCUGUUGAAUGGUCCAACAUAAAUUAACGCUCAAGAUUAGCGAUAGGUAACCGGUUAUACUUUGCAAUUGCAUCUCCUUGGAUAACUGAUUUGGGAAUCUGGUGCCCCUCUGAGUCCCAUCCAAACCUUUAGCUCUCUCGCUUUAACUUCCACAUCAAUUCAAGCUUCCUUUGUUUUGGAGGUUUUCUUCCAACCCCGAAAAAGGCCUAAGUGGUUCAUGGAUGGCAGAUACAUUUGCAGCUCAAAACCCAUCUUUCUAAAUUCCACGUGGAGUGCUCCACAUUCAAUAUGCAUCCGUUCCACUGAGGAAAUGGAGGUGGGGUGUGUUUCUGGGGAAGAGAGAUACACUUUCAAAAUCCCUUGGAUGGGAGAAAAUAGAAGCAGUCCUUACCUCUGAAUGUUUGUACACACUGCCCUCUAGUGCUAAGGACCAUACUCUUUACGGAAUACUGACACCAGCUUAAAACUAAUAAAGAUUACCUUGUAUAUUACCGGAGGGAAAUACAUUUUGUGAGCUGGCUGUUUAGAAUGGCAAUUCAGUUGUGCAGACAGCACCAACCCUUAAGAACUGUCAUAACAUUUACAGUGGGUGAUUCAGCUUGUUUAAAAAAUGACUGCAUGCUUCUUAUCCUCAACAUAUUUACUUUUUUUUUUAAAGAAGCUUAAUAUUUUCAUUGCCCACCUCAUGUUUUUGAGUUAUUGCAAUUUUGCUGCUCAUUAUGCCACCUCCUCAUUACAUGUUGGUUGCUAAUGAUAUAAAUAAAAUAUAUGUUACAUAUAAAUAUAUGUAUAAAAAAGUAUCUACAGACUUUAAAGAAAAUCUUUAGUUUCUGAUUUAAAAUCACUAUUGGAUGGAGUUGUUUUAAUGUCAUUGCUUUGAGUUCUUUUGUGUUGUUUUCCUCGUAAAGGUGGCUGUCAGUGUACUGGAUAAGUCCCCUGUAAGUUUUACAUGCACACCAGCUGUAUCAUACUGAACAGUGUGAGACCGGAUGAUGAUGAUUUUUAUGAACCAUGUACAUUCUGAAGUGAUUGAGGUCUCUUCAGACAGGAUUUGAUUUUGUAGGAGACGGUUAGUGACCAAGACAGAAAUGUAAACAUUCACCGGACAUUUAGCUGUUUGGGAGGCAUAUUAGAACUAAGAUAUUCUGUUGAUCACCUAUAGUGUUUACAGAGUAAACCGAUCAUUAUGGAUAGUGUCCAGGGGGAUUCUUGUCUUGCUACCCAAAAUAGGUUUGGGGUUUUUUAACUCUUAGACUUUGUUGUAUGUUUUAGCAGAGUAGUGACUACAGCACUUAGAUUAAUUUUAUACAAGAUAAUGCAGUUGAGUCUGUUUGAUCCUAAGUUCAGGGCACUUUUUAAACUACCUUACUGAGCAUUUGAAAAUCUUUUCAGGUAUUUUUCUGAUUGGGUGGCUGGCCCUGAAAUGACUAGUCACCCUCAGAGGUCAUUCAAACUGAGGAUGCAAGUGGUUUAUGAAUAAAAACAGAGCCUUUACACCUUCCCCUGUGAGGGACUCCAACCAGGUCACUUCACUUCACAUUCACUUCAGGGUCACCCUUAUUGCUAUUUCUCGUCUCUAUUUUGAGCAUUUAGCUUGCAAAGUUUUGUAAGGCACAUUGCAGUAUUAUGUUCCCAUCAAGGUGGGGAUUUCAAAGUUGAAGGGGGUGGGGGGGCCCUUAUUUAAAGUGCUGGAGGCCCUUAGCUAUUAUGGCAGAUAAGGGUGGUUGAAUAAGCGAUUCCUACUUCCUCACAGCCUAGCUGCUGCUUUGGAAAGGACUCUACAGUGAAGUUAUAAUCCCUUGUCUGCAUGCUCCAUUUCAUGCCAAUGGGAAAAAAAUGAAAGUGAUGUCCAAAAUUCAGUGUUUAGCAUCACUGCAAGCUCAGGUAAGCAGAGCUGUGGCAGGAGGGAGGUAAUGGUUUCAGUACUAAGAGCGUUGGGAACUGCCAAGAUAAUGCAUGGGGAUGGGCCUUCACUAAACCCCCAAAACUGAACACUCUGGCUGGUGGCGUGAGCUCAUGUCUGGAUACAAACUGAUUCACUUACCCCCCCCCCCCAUUUAAGCUUGGUAUGUCUCAAAGUCCCCCCUAACCCAACAUAUGGAAGUCCCUCCUCAAGCAAUGCCUAUACAAAAAAUAUAAAUAAUUCCACUCAUCUGUAUAGGUGAAUGGGUAUUUAGCAUUUCUUAUGAUGUCAGUGAAAGUGUACAUUAGUCUUUGCUACUGUUUACAGAGAAACUAAUUGCUAUGUGUGUAUUGUACUCUGGAUUUGACCUACUCAUUGCAGGAGACUCAAUAGUUCCAGCACCAAGCUAACGGCCGGGUUUUCUUUUAAGAACCCAGAUGUCACGUCAUUCAAAGCAGGAUAUUGAUUUCUGGUGGCAUCCAGGGGCAGAACAAGCCUUAGCUGAGAACAGCUUGCUUUGUUUGCCAGAGCUUAGGUGGCCAUUUCCACCAAUCUACAGGAAUGUGUAAACCACGGAUCCUAAAAAGAAAUAAGCCU